AUGGCAAUUACAAUUAUUGCACCGACUUCCGCCGCCAUUCCUCAUCAUACAGAAGAUGUCUCUGAUCAAUCUGAUGAUGGAGGUGUUGAUUUGGAAGGGGAUCUUGAUAUGCGACCUGCCAAACGGGCAAAGCAUCAAGACAUUGUUACACCUGGUGAAAUAAUCACGGAUGACCCUCAAUGGAUGAGAGGUCAUGGCACAUAUGUAGCUCCUGGAAGUACUGAAAUUAUAGGAACUGUCGCAGGUACGGUUCAGAAAACGAACAAACUUCUCUCAGUACGACCAUUACGCGCCCGCUAUACGCCAGAAAUUGGUGAUCUUGUUGUCGGACGAAUUAUAGAAGUACAAAGCAAGAGGUGGCGUGUUGAUAUUGGAGCUCCUGUUCUUGCAAAUUUACCACUAUCUGCGAUCAAUCUUCCAGGAGGAAUUCAAAGAAAGAGAACGGAAACUGAUGAACUUCAAAUACGAACAUUCUUUUCCGAAGGGGAUUUACUGGUUGCCGAAGUCCAACAAUUAUAUCAGGAUGGUAGUGCUAGUUUGCACACGAGAAGUUUGAAAUAUGGGAAACUAAGGAAUGGUGUUUUCAUGGCUGUUAGUGGAACUGGUGGUGGUGGAGGUGUGGUUCGCGCCAGAAGACAAGUCUGGACUAUCGAUACGGUACACAACGGUGGGAAGGUAGAUGUCAUUUUGGGAGUCAAUGGAUUUAUCUGGAUAUGCAAAAAUGUCGAAGUGAAGGAUGGAGAAACUUCUAUUACAAGGAUCGAGGAGAGUGUUAGCAGCGCGGCGUAUUCAAGUCAAAACGAUGACAUUACUCCAGAAACUAGGAGGGAAAUUGCAAGAAUAAAGGGGGUCAUUCAAUUGUUGGUGGAAGAAGGAUUGAGGGUUGAUGAAGAAAUGGUCAUGAAAGCCUAUGAAGCUGCUGUCGAGGUAGAUGAUGAGGAAGAGGGUGAAAGUAGCGCAUAUGUCGGAGGAGAGCAGCCGAGGUAG